AUGAAAAUCGGCCGCCAAUCGCAGAGCGCCGAAACUGAGGGGGUAACCUCUAGAUCUUCCAUCUCAGUGGCUAAGCCGUUACGAGAUCACGACGGAAAUGAUGACGUCCACAGCGUUGACGAGGCUGCGAUGGAUCGACGAGUAAACAGAAAAUUGGACUUUGCUCUUCUCCCGCUUUUGUCUCUGCUGUACCUAUUCAACGGUCUAGAUAGGGGCAACGUGGGAAAUGCUCAAACCCAAGGAUUUACCGACGACAUUGGCGCCGUGCCGGAUGAUCUGAAUCUCGCCGUGUCUCUGUUUUUCAUCACUUUCGUUUUGUUUCAGCCUCCCUCUGCGGCUGUUGGCCGAUGGCUUGGGGCCAAACACUGGAUCCCGAUCAUGAUGCUUGGCUGGGGAUUUGUAACUAUAUGUCAGGCAUUUAUCAAGGGCAAAGGUUCUCUCAUCGCCACCCGCCUCCUAAUAGGCGCCUUCGAAGCCGGCUUCUACCCGACUGCAGUCGCUUAUCUCUCCUUUUUCUACUGCCGAUAUGACCUUGCCGUGAGGGUCGGUCUAUUUUAUGGACAAUAUGCGGUUGCCGGAGCCUUCUCAGGGGCAAUUGCCUACGGCGUAUUCCACCUGAGAGAUGGCCCUCUUAAAAAUUGGCAAUACCUCUUCAUCAUCGAGGGAACACUAACGAUUCUUUUCGGCCUAAUUGCCUGGGUGUUCCUCCCGGCAGGUCCCGGUUCGGCAUGGUUCUUAACUCUGGAAGAACGACGCUUUGCUGCGGACAGGAUCAAAGCCGACAGUGUAUCGUUUACCGAGCAUGCGUAUGACGCUCACGGUGUAGAGACGGAUCGCCUGACCAAGCGCGACUUUGUUGAAACUGCUAGAGACUGGAAGUUCUGGUAUGUCUUGGUGUUCAACAUCUGCGCCAGCGUCCCCGGGCAGGCGUUCUCCGUCUUUCUACCGCUAGUUGUGCAGGGGCUGGGAUAUUCCUCGAUCCAGGCAAAUUUGAUGUCUGUUCCUCCAUAUGCGUGCGGUGCAAUUGGGUUAUACUUCUUCACCCUCAGCUCAGACUACUGCAAGGAACGCGGUUACCACAUCCUGGGGGGUAUCAUAAUUGCUCUCGUAGGACUGAUUGCAACCGUUACCGUCGAAUCCAGCGGUGGAAAGUACGCUGCGCUAUGCGUCCUUCUCCUCGGUAGCUAUGUUGCAGCACCAUUGACUGUCGCGUGGUUAAGUGGAAACACCCCAGAACCCGGUAAACGAUCUCUUAUCCUUGGUCUCAACGGUUUCGGAAAUCUAUCAGGCGUCAUCGGUGCGCAGUUAUACCGCGAUCGAUACAAACCAGGCUACAAGAUCCCGUUUUACGUGACCCUUGGGUUUGUUGCACUCUCGUUACUUGGAUACCUUUCAUACAGAUUGACCCUCGCCGCGGUCAACCGAAGAAAGUUGGAAAUCAUGAGACAGAAGACUGCAGAGGAGAUCGAAAGAGAGCGACUGGACAACACGCGAUACGCUGAUAAGAAGUGGACAUUUAUCUAUGGACUUUGA